AUUUUCAUCAAACAUCAAUAUUUGUAUUGAAGUGGAUAAGACGCCUGGCAAAUUAAUAAAAUGAAAUCGCUAGUAUUAUUUAUAUUCUUAAUAUCAACAGUUUAUAGUGCUCAUAUUAAUUUCCGCAACUAUCAUGAAGAAAUUGGAAUACCAUUAGCAACUAAGGUGAAACAAUUGGAGGCUGAAGCUAUUGCUAAACUAUCGAGUAAUGGAAGAAUCGCUGGAGGAUCACUAAUUGAUAUUUCAGCAGUUCCAUAUCAGGCAGCUGUGGUAAUACAUCUUCCUACAAACACAGAUUCCUUGUGUGGAGGAGCUCUCAUCUCCUCAACAAGAGUGGUUUCUGCAGCACACUGUCAAAGAGACGAUUCUGGAUACACCAUAGGCUUAGGAUCUAACUUCGCGUUUUCUGGAGGUGUCAGAGUCGCCGUCACGAACUUUAUAAUGCAUCCCGGCUACUCACACAGCGAUUGGACUCUCAUCCAUGAUAUCGCUAUGAUUCAUAUCCCAGCAGUUUCAUUUACCAAUGCUAUUCAGCCUAUUUCUCUUCCUAACUCAGCGGAGGUUGCCAACAACUUUGCUGGACAAAUAGCGGUAGCCUCUGGCUAUGGUAUUACACCUGAAAUUCCAACGUUAACUUGGGAUCAAGUCCUACGAGCUGUUGACCUCCAGAUCAUUACUCCUGCCCAAUGUGGAUCUUCUUAUGGGGAUUUGGGUGCCAGAAACGAGACCAUUUGCACGCAUGGAAGUGGUGGUGUUGGGCCCUGCUCAAGCGACUCUGGUGGACCUUUGACGACCUUUAGCAAUAACAGAAGAAUACUAAUUGGAAUAACGUCUUUCGGACAAACUUGCGGCGCGACAUCUCCCAAUGGUUUUGUGCGAAUAACACAAUAUCUAUCAUGGAUAUUGAGUAACUGAUUAAAUAAAGAAUUCAAAUAUUA